GACAAGAAGAAUUGCCGCUCUUUAAACUUAAACAAAGGAAGAAUCAGUCAUAGUUUGUCAAUCAAGUUUCAUCUGCACAAACCAUGAACAAAUUCAAGAUUGAUUUCGGGAAGUUCAAAGUUGAUCUCAAGCUUUUGGGAGACUUGUUCUUCUUGACUGGAGCUGGACUCUCCAUGUACUACCUUGUAAGCCAUUUACUUAAUGAAGGAGCCAUGGGAGACAACUCAGUUAAGGCCAAGGAGGCCCGUAAGAAGAGUUCUAAUGUGUUGAAAAGAAUCCAGGCUGUAAACCCAGAAUUGAAGAAUAUUGUGUUCACUGAAUAUGAAAAGUCACUUCUCAAUUGUCUUGUUACCCCAGAGGACAUUCUGGUUACCUUUGAUGAUAUUGGAGGAUUAACCAAUAUCAUAGAUGACCUUAGAGAGUCCGUCAUUCUCCCCUUGACAGAACCUGACUUGUUUGCCACUCACCUGAGUUUGAUCCAAUCACCCAAGGGUGUUUUAUUCCAUGGUCCACCAGGGUGUGGGAAAACCAUGCUUGCUAAGGCCAUUGCCAAAGAAAGUGGUGCCUUUUUCCUUCUGUUAAGAAUGUCCACCAUUAUGGAUAAAUGGUAUGGAGAAAGUAAUAAGAUUGUAGAUGCCGUUUUCCUGUUGGCCAAUAAGCUUCAACCAUGUAUUAUAUUCAUUGAUGAGAUUGAUUCAUUCUUGAGAGACCGAUCUUCAAGUGAUCACGAAGUCAGUGCCAUGUUGAAAGCCGAGUUCAUGACCUUAUGGGAUGGGCUUGUGCUGAACGGGAGAAUCAUGGUGAUGGGUGCUACCAAUAGACAAAAUGAUAUUGAUGCGGCAUUUUUACGUAGAUUACCAAAGAAAUUUGCCAUUGGAAGACCAGAUGCAAGUCAAAGAAGAUCCAUUCUUAAUAAAAUCUUGAAAGAAACUACGGUUGAUCCAGUAGAUUUUGACAUGGAUUACAUCGUUACCCACACACAAGGUUUGAGUGGACUGGACUUGAAAGAACUCUGUAGAGAAGCUGCCUUGAAUGCAAUGCGUGAAUAUAUAAGGAAGAACUUUAAGAAUGGUAAAAAAGUGGAAUUGGCUACAAAUGAUGCGGUUAGACCGUUGAAAACUGGAGAUUUUUUCGCUGAAAAGGCACAAAUUCCUUCAUCAACAAUUGAUUAGAAUUCACUCCAGAUUAAACUAAUCUACUAAUAUCAUUCAGUUAACUUUUUUUUGUAAAAAAAAAAGUGUCUCUUGAAUAGCCCUAGUGACAUAGUACAUACAUACCCUCUUUUUAUGGAGAGGGGGUAACCCGGAUUUAUAAUUGAACCAUACACGACCC